AAGAUGGGUUUACAACCCAUGGGCUGUGUUGAACUGGGCCGUUUGAAGCCGAAGCAAACUUUCGCAUGUGUCCCGUCCCCUGUGAUUUUUUUCACUCACCCUUUCGGGCCUUUCGUCUAAACGGAGCAGCAAACACUGAAUGUACUGCGGUGCCUCGCCCUGCCGGCGAUCAUCAACGGUGAAGCGGUGAAGGUCAGAUCUCGAGCUCCUUCCCCGUGCGCAUAUGCGCUGACCCUCUAUAGGUUCGUUUUAGCACGGGUAUUCAUCUUGAACCACCCACCAUAAGGAACAAGUUGCAGUAGCAAGCAAGAAUCAAGAUGAAGUUCAGAGUUGUAUGCAGGAAGCUGUACGACUACGUGCGCUACGACCUCAAGGAGAUCGCCUUCCCGUCGUCGCUGCCCGAUCCUCCACACAUCAAGAAGAGGCCUAAGCUCACAUGGCACGACCGCUGGUGCAUCCUCAAGGAGGUCACUCGGCUGUACGGCGCGUCCUGGGUCAGGGACAUCGGCCCCGACCUCAGGCCAAACGACUACAAGAAGGCAGUCGAAAACGAUGCGGAGGAGCCAUCCGAUGGCAAGCCCAUCUCUGACAAUGGCAAGAAAGGGAAGAGCAGCGAGCCCAGUGUGCUGGAGGACCUUGCGGUGGCUGCAAGGGGCGGUGCAGAGACUCUGAAGCCUACGCUAAGGCGGAUUUACAUGACCCGUGCCGCGACGUACACGGACGCCAUGAAGAAUUUCGUGGAAACGUAUCAGGAGGGACUCAAGGACCAGCUGCAGGAGAAGGCUGCUGAUGGGGAGGCUGGUCGUCAGCAACUGCAGCAGGGUGAUGAGGCGACGCCGAAACCGCCACCGCCGCCAUCUUCAUCAUGAUAUCAUCAUCGGCUUUAUUUCAGCAGAUGAUCAAUGCCAUCACAAGUUUUUGCUUGCAGCACAUCCUUGAAUUUGUUGUGCAAUCCACAGGUCAUGAUACAUGCUGAAAUAACUAUUUAUCACUUAAGCAAGGAUCUCUCAAAAAUCAGAUGACUUGUAUUCAUGCAAUCUGAUUCUGCAAAUCUAGGUGAUGCGAACUAGCACACGCUUGUGAGUGAGCUUUGGCUUUGCUGUUGCUACCAAUAUGUGACACCGAUUGCCACUGUUCAUUUCUGUUUGCUGAUUGAAAUGCGUAUGGUUGUGCAAUUUGUCUUUUA